AUGGGCAGGGAAAACCAGACCUGGAUGAGUGAGUUCAUUCUGCUGGGGCUGUCCAGAUGCUGGAACACUCAGGUCUCCCUCUUUGUCCUUUUCCUGGUCAUGUAUCUCGUGACUGUGCUGGGGAACUUCCUCAUCAUCCUCCUUAUCAGACUGGACAGCAGGCUACACACACCUAUGUACUUUUUCCUCAGUGUCCUGUCAUUUGUGGACAUCUGUUAUACCAACAGCACCGUCCCACAGAUGCUUGUUCACUUCCUGUCAGCCCGGAAGUCCAUCCCGUUCCACAGCUGUGUGCUCCAGCUGUUUAUCUCCCUGGCCAUGGGCAGCUCCGAGUUUUUCCUGCUGGGAGCCAUGGCCUAUGACCGCUAUGUGGCGGUGUGCCACCCGCUGCACUACACAGCCAUCAUGCAUGGGGGGCUUUGCCUGGCGCUGGCUACUGGCUGCUUGGGGGCUGGCUUCAUGAAUUCACUGAUGCAGACAGUGAUCAUCUUCCAGCUACCUUUGUGCCAUAAUGUCAUUAAUCACUUUGCCUGUGAGAUGUUGGCUGUGCUGAGGCUGACCUGUGUGGACAUCUCCUUCAACAAGGUCAUGGUGGCCGUCUCAGGAUUUUUGGUGAUCAUGCUUCCCUGUUUUCUGGUUCUGUUCUCCUAUGCUCGUAUAGUUGCUGCUAUUCUGCAUAUCCGCUCUGCCCAAGGACGCUGCAAAGCAUUUGAGACCUGUGCUUCCCACCUCACUGUGGUUUCCAUGUGCUUUGGAACAGCCAUCUUCACAUACUUGAGACCCUCUGCUGGCUCCUCAGCAGAGCAAGAGAAGAUGGUCGCUCUAUUCUACGCUGUGUUGACCCCGAUGCUAAAUCCCUUAAUCUACAGCUUGAGGAACAAGGAGGUAAUGAGCGCCCUAAGAAGACUGUUGGGAAAAUUAAGUGAAAAAAAGUGA